GAUGGAGCUUAUUGAUAAAUUCCACCACUCCAAUGACUUGUGAUAUUAGCAGGAAUGUGGAAUAGUCUAGACCAGCAUUGUCAAUCAAGACCCAGCACGGAGUCUUUUUCGCAUCCAUGUUUUUUUUUAUUCUGUCGAAUUCACCUUGAGUCGGGAUACAGCUUAGGAGAAAGAACUUUGAAGGCGGCAAAAUUGUUUCGGGCUCAUUGUCGGUCAGAUGCAGCGGAUCAGAACUGAAUUUCGGAAGACUAGGUUGCCAAGCCAGCAAAUCUUUGCAAGUCAUCUGACUACACCAGUCUUGGCCAAAAAAGAAAGGGACAUCAGUAGGUGACAUGACAAGAGAAUCAGUUAGUGAGGCGUGGGAAGGUUCGCUAGACAUGCUGGAAAGUAGAAGAGUGAGAAGGAAGGUUUACUGUAGAUAUUG